GUGGCUUGUAGUCCGAGUGUCAGCUUCCUGAGGCGGGGGAGGAUGUGACCUGCGAGCGGAGUGACUUUCUUGCUUCUUGUCUUCAUCAUCCAGGGUGGACGAGGGUUUGCGACCACAUGUUAAGGACCGCCUCCUCUGCUCGGAACCACCUGGACCCACGCUGAUUCUUCUUCCACCUGUCGUCGCUCGUGCAAAGCUCGUUUCGGGAGAUGGGGAGGAAGAAGAUCCAGAUCACGCGCAUCGUGGAUGAGAGGAACCGGCAGGUGACCUUCAUGAAGAGGAAGUUCGGGCUGAUGAAGAAGGCGUACGAGCUGAGCGUGCUGUGCGACUGCGAGAUCGCCCUCAUCAUCUUCAACAGCUCCAACAAGCUUUUCCAGUACGCCAGCACCGACAUGGACAAGGUCCUGCUCAAGUACACCGAGUACAAUGAGCCGCACGAGAGCAGAACCAACUCUGACAUCGUGGAGGCGCUGAGCAAGAAGGAGCACCGAGGCUGCGACAGCCCAGACGCAGACGCCGCCUACGCCCUGACACCCAACGCCGAGGCCAAAUAUAAAAAGAUCAACGAGGAGUUUGAUCACAUGAUGAGGAGUCACAAGAUGUCCACAGGCGUCCCGCAGUACAACUUCAUGCAGGUGGCGCCCGGCAACAUGGCUUACAGCCCCGCCCCCGCAGGAGGAGGAGGUGGCGCCUCUCAGGCUAUCACUGCGGACGGAAGGAUGCUGGCCUCUCAGCACGCACACCUGCACAGGAACAUGAAGUCACCUGACAGACCUCCCAGCACAGGUGAGCUGCAGGGCUCGUCUGAUGUCAGCUUUCACAAUGGACCAGGACCAGCUGUCAACGGCUGUGUGGACACACCAGGGGGCGCUAGCAGCGGUCUGGGAAAGACACUUCCACCCGACAAAUCCCCUACGCCUCGGAACUCUGACCUGAGAGUGGUCAUCCCCUCGUCCAAAGGCGGGAUGGCGACGCUGAGUGAGCAUCGUCCGUCCAGUCAGCCUCUGAGCACGCCGGUGGUCUCCAUGGCCACGCCCAGCCUGACCCAGCACAACUUCUACAGCAGCAUCAACUCUGCCUACAACAAUGACUACCAGCCAAGCAGUUCUGAGCUGUCAGAUUUCUCCUCCCCUGCUGGGGCAUCUUCAAGCACCAUGGCUACUUGGCAGGAACACAUGGCAUCACUGGGGUAAGACACUCAUGACUUCUGAAACUCAUGUUUGGAGACGCAAACAUUUACUGGAAAGCACCAGUUCAGGACAGUCACCUCAUCAAAAUAAAGAGGCUGAAGUCAACCACCAAAGACAGGCAGCUGGGUAACGUCCUGCACCUGGUGUCAGUAAUAUUACUGUAACAAACUGUUUAAUGUUCAAAGAAUUCUUUAAUGAUCUUUUACACAACGCAAGACAGUCUCAGUAGUGAAGACCAGAUUUCCUGGUGCCCGGCCACCUCUUCCAGUUGCACCGUGAGGUGGGAGACAUGCUCCCUCUAGAGUGUCUUAGGGAGGCUUCUGGACUAGACCGACACCUAAAAUAACACACAAAAAAAAAAAGGUCUGCAACAUCAUGGUGAAAAUCUCCAGAACAAGAUUUGCGAUCAAUGUUUGUCAUGUUUAUUGAUCGUGUACGCUUUGAAAGCAAACAUGACAUCUUCAUAUUAAGUUCUGACAUCUCCAUCAGCAGUGUAGCACAUGGGGAGAAGAAAAAAAAAAAAAAAAAGGUAGAAGUGCUAAAUCCUCGCCUGGCCUCUAAGGGUUAAAGCAGUAUAGACAUGAUCUCAGUCCCAUAUCCGCAUUGUCAUCCAACAGUCAAUCUUUUGGCCAUUUUGGGGAUCAUCACAGAUCACAGUUGACGUAAAACUUGUGUUCACUCACCGUCACAACCAAGAUCGCCUCAUGUGACCACCUGGACAAGAAAAACAAGCUUUUAGAAUAAAACUCAUGUCUGGGUGGUGCACUUUUAGCGUAGGACGACAUCUGUGGGACAGCUGAGUGGCUGUCGCUGCCACAAACACGUCAGGACAGUCAAAGUCUGCCCCGUUUUUUUCUAGCAUGCUAUUGGAGAACAUCAGCUACGACAAGCCUUGUCCUUAGGAUCAGCAUGCUGGAAUUCCUGUACUUUGAUCUGACGAAGAAUUACCUGGGCUGCGGCCAUCGAGCGGCUGCUCCUGCAGGCAGGAAAAGACAAUUAUUAAGACGUUCUUACGGUCAUGUCACGUGAUUCAACCGCAACAUGGCUCAGCCAAUAAAAGUCAAUCAAGCAUUGAGUCAGUGAGGGCAAGUUUGUCAUCACAGCCGUGCAAAAUCCACUAGGCCCCCAACUUACAAACACCCGACUAGCGAACAUUCGCGGAAACGAACACAAACCGACUGGUCUAUAUUUUAUUUUGCCUUGUAGUCACUCAAUCAGUAUUUAUACUGCUACUGUACAUGCUUGACCAGUAGAGGACACUGACACUGCUAAUGGGGUCAACAGAGGAAGAGUUAGACACUGGGGAGAUAAAGCUAAAUCGUACAACCCGGACAGAGCGUGUGAUUAAAGUUUAUGAAGAGUUAAUAGGCCUGCUUAAUUCUACACCACCCAUAGAACACUACCUCUUUUAGAAGAGUCUGACGACCAUUUGUCCUUUUAUUCAAUAUCAAUACCUCUAACUCCAUUACGACGACGUAUGCUCGACCACUCCUCUUCAAAAGGUAAAUAACAUUUAUCAUUACGUAUUAUUAUAUCACUUUUAUUAUUGUUUUUUUCAUUAAUUAUCCUGGUUUAAUAUUACUACUGCAUCCAAACUCAUAUUUACAUACAUACGCAUAUACUGUAUAUAUAUAUAUAUAUACACACGUACAUGUAGUACCUAUAUCAUUGGUAAUACUACAUUUUCCCCUACUUAAGAACAUGUCGACCUAAGAACGGUUGUCUGGAACCAAUUGUGUUCGUAAGUUGGGGACCUAGUGUACAGUGAAACCGCUACAGGUAAAUAACCCAACAUUGGCUGCAAGGUGUAUUUGUGAUACACAAUUUGUGAUUGUGCAUAGAACAGGAAAGCAGCAUACAGGUGAGCCAUGCAGUCCUCACACGACUUGUGUCCAGGCUGCUCCGUACAGUAGGGCUUCAUAACAAAGCUAGCACAGUUUGAUCCAAGGGGUUAAAAACCUGGUAGAGGUUCCACUGUAUUCAUCCCAUAAAUAACACUUACCUCUGCAGUGGCACGUGCUCGAUUCACAUCCAUGUUCAAGAGCAAACACCUGCUGACGAGACACAUUCAAACGUUUGUAAGUGAUGUGAAAGAAAUGA